GAAAAAAUGUCUAAACCUAUAAAAUUAAUAAUUUUGGGGGUUAUAUCGGGGUUUAUUUGUAUGGUGCUACUUGUGUGGUUAUGUUCAAGAUCUAGUGCAGGGUUUAAUAAUCCAGAGAAAGAGUCGUAUGCAUUGAUCCGUUUAAACAAUGGACAGCUCAUACCUAAUAUAGGUUUAGGCACCUGGACUAUGGAUGAUGACCAGGCCAGGGAGGCAGUCAAAGAGGCAGUUAGUGUUGGUUAUAGACAUAUAGACACCGCCUGGAGAUACGGCAAUGAAGUGGGUGUGGGUCAGGCCCUCAAAGAA